AUGGGUACAUUUGUGACCCUGACUGAAGUGUUGGAGGCUCGGGGUUCACCACUGGAUGAGGAUGAGGUCUGGUGUCUCCUGCUGGCCAGCACUGAGGCCUUACUGGACAUUUCAAAAGAAGGUUCAGGUAACAUGUGCAGUGUGCUGAGUCCGGGCUCAGUGCUUCUCUCAGCCAAUGGGAGUCUGGCCUUCAAAAGCUGUGCCCGGUAUGAAGACGUGGCCUCCUUCACAGCUCCUGAAGCUCAGGGUCACACGUCCUCCUCCAGGACCGCAGUUGAAAAGAUGGGUUACUCACUUGGGAUGACCCUUUACUGGUGUGUUGAUUAUCAUCUUCCACAAAACCAGCCUGUCCAGCUGAGUGCAGAGCUGGAGGGUCUGCUGCUGAGCAUGUGCGAGGACGUCGAGGUUCGGAGGAACGACCUGCUGACGGUGCUGGAGACCUGUGAGCUUCACCAUAAGGUCGCGAUGCUGCCUCCUGCUGAACAGCUGGUCAGGCAGCUGGUGGAAGAUGUCUACAGAAACUCAGUCGAUCAUGUGUCCAUGUCUGAAAAUGGAUCCCCACUCACAGACCGCAGUCAAAUCGUCAGGGACAGAUUACACGGAGGUUCAUUUAGUAACUCGACAUGGGCUUCGAAGAGGAUCUCUAGAACAUUCUCAGGAGCAUCUUAUGCAUGCGAGCCCAUACGGACUCCCUCAGCAAGUCGACACAGAGAGAGUUAUAGCAGCUGGCAGCAACUGAACCGCAGCCCCAGUUCUUUCCAGGAUGGCAAUCGAAACUCCAACUCAAGAUUGCUCACACAGUUCGGUUCCACGGUGACUCUGAGUGACAAGAAAGCGAAAGACAUGGGUCCAGAGUUUAUAAAGAUGUUAGACGAGCCACCGGUUACCUUAGAGCUCCCUGGAUCCAUUGUGUCAAAGAAAGGAAAAUCUCCAACCACUCAGAGGGAGCUGACUGUGGUGAUGCCAAACGGUCAGAGCAUCCUGGUCAAGUGUGAGGUGAAGUCCAGGGGAGGGGACGUCUUUGACAUGAUCGUGGCCCACGCUAACCUAAUGGAACACUUCUACUUUGGCCUUGCUUAUAUUGACGAUAACGAAUUCUUCUUUGUGGACAAUGACACCAAGAUUUCCAAAGUUGCCCCAGAUAGCUGGAAGAAAGUGCCUACAACCACCUUUGUCCUUUUCCUCAGGAUCAAAUUCUUUGUCAAUGAUAUUUCUCUUCUUUUGCACAAACAGACCCGUCACCAGUUUUACCUUCAGCUCAGGAGAGACCUUUUAGAGGACAGACUGUCCUGCCAUGAGGAGACUGCUCUGUACCUGGGAGCGCUGGCUCUGCAGACAGAGUACGGAGACACGAUGCCUGAGGUGUAUGGUAGGAACUACUACCGCCCUGACCAGUAUGUCUCCAAGAGUGUGAUGGAGAAACGUGCCUUGCCAUAUAUUCAGGGGGAACUGAUGCGACUUCACACCAACAACAGUCAGAUGCUGCCCGACGAAUCAGAGCUCGAGUUCCUUAAGGUGUGUCAGCAGUUGCCUGAGUACGGCGUGUUUUUCCACCGUGUGUUGCGUGAGAAAAAGCCUUCAGAAGGGGAAAUUAUCCUCGGUGUCUGUGCCAAAGGAGUCACCAUCUACGAGGUUAAAGAUGGCUGCCGGUCAACCAGCCAGAAUUUCUUCUGGAGGGAGACAGCUACAAUCUCAUCAAGUCGUCGUAAAUUUAUUUUAGAGGGCCGGGGCAGCAAUAAGAAGUACACCUUCAUCACAGAGAGGUCAAAGAUUGCUAAAUAUUUGUGUAACCUCUGUUCAGCCCAACACAAGUUCAACAAUGAGAUGAACUCUCGCCAGCUCAGCCACAGCAUGGUCUCAGAGGAUAACAUCGUCCAGUAUGCUGCAGUGUGUCGGGCUCAGAGUGGCCGGCUCAAGUCCUUCUCUUGUUCAGAGACGCCUCAGGACGACAGUGGUCUGACCACGCCUCAGGAUGAUUCAGUGACCAAGCUGUGUGAUGAUGUUGCAGCGAGGAUCGAGGCCCGCAUUAAACAGCAGUGUCAGAGCCUCAAUGAACAGAGCACCUGUUCCAGCAGCCAGCGCGGCAGCCUUGCUAUGCGUUCCCCAUCCUGCUCUCAGAAGAGCGGAUCUGAGGCACCUUCAGGCUCCCCAGCAGCCAGAGAAACCCCAACAAAACUCGGGUCAUCAUCGGAGAGAGAAGUCAUUUGUGUUUCUCUGAGGAAAGACCCAAAGCUUGGCCUAGGUAUAGUCAUAGUGGGAGAGGACACUGUGGGGCACUAUGACUUGGGGAUCUUUGUUGCCUCCCUUGUGCCUGGUGGACCCGCUGAUAAGGACGGACGCAUCAGACCAGGUGGUCGACUGAUCUCUCUGAACCACAUCAGCCUGGAGGGCGUCACCUUCAACGAAGCAGCAGAGGUCAUGCAGAGCAGCCCUGAGGAGGUGCAGCUCAUUAUCUCACAGCCAAAAGUCCAUGUCAGCCCCAUCGUUGUGCGUUCUUCAGCACUAAGGAACUACGAGUCCAACAGUACACCGAUGACAGACGGGCAGUUAGGGGAGGAUAGUCUGGACGAGAUCGUUUCAGUCAUGAUGACACCAAAGACAGGCAACAGGCUUUCUGUCCCCCGAGAAGUACGAGUCAUCGGUGCACAGGACAGCCCCAUGAAUUGUGCGAGGACAGAGAUCACUGUGGAGCUCAGAAAGAUAUCGGGAAGUCUGGGCAUCAGCAUCUCUGGUGGCGCCAACACUAAUCUACAAGGGAUCUACAUCAGAAGCCUUGUUCCCGGAGGGGCUGCUGAAAGGGAUGGACGCGUACAUACAGGUGACAGACUGCUGGAGGUGGAUGGGAUUAGCUUCCAGGGCUUCACCCACCAACAGGCUGUGAGCUGCCUGAGCAAAACGAUGGAGGUGGUAACCUUGACAGUGGAGCGGCAGUCCAUGAAUGUACCAAGGGUUUCUCUAGACACCUGCAGCAUUGGAUCCAAUCACAGCAUCCGUCCAGCCAGCAGCCGACUAAGAUUCAGCAGCUGCUCAACGAUCAGUCCUCCUCCAAACAUGAACUCAGACCAGCCCAAGGUUUACGGCUUUGUAAAUGACGACAACACUCAGGAAGUGACUCUGACUAAGAGUGCAAACGGCCUGGGCUUCAGCUUCCUGAUGUGCGAGCUGGAUCCACCCACACGAGACUUUAGCAGUCUGGUCCGGAUUAAAGAGCUUUUCCCCGACCAACCAGCCCAGCAGAGCGGCAGGAUCCAGGAGGGAGACGUCCUGUUGGCCAUCAAUGGCGAGUCACUCAAGGAGAUGUCCUAUCCUAAGGUACUAAAGCUGUUCAAGAAUUCACCUCCUGACGUUCGACUGACUCUCUGUCGGCCCUCACCAGGUAUCCUUCCAUCCAUUGAUCAGUUUAAUGGAACAUGAACGACGUCACUGUGUUGCACAGCGCCAGAAUUGACAGACGUUUGGAAGCAACUCUGUGCUCCUUGAUCAACCGGGACGUGGUGACGGAGGUCGAGGGCAG